AUGGGUACCGCUUCGUCGCUCGUGAGUCCCGCGGGUGGGGAGGUGAUCGAGGACACGUAUGGGGCGGGCGGCGGCGAGGCCUGCGAGAUCCCGGUGGAGGUGAAGCCCAAGGCCCGCCUGCUGCGUAGCUCGUUCCGCCGGGCCGCGGGCGUGGCGGCUGCGGGAGCCGGGCCCGGUUCGCUGCCCCGUGGAGCGGGCGGCGGCGGGCUGCUAGGGGCCAGCUUCAAGUCUACUGGCUCGUCGGUGCCCGAGCUGGAAUACGCGGCUGCUGAGUACGAGCGGCUGAAGAAGGAGUACGAGAUCUUCCGGGUCAGCAAGAACCAAGAGUUGUUAUCCAUGGGCCGCCGGGAGGCCAAGCUGGACACGGAGAACAAGCGGCUGCGGGCCGAGCUGCAGGCACUUCAAAAAACUUACCAGAAGAUACUUCGGGAAAAGGAAGGUGCUUUAGAAGCAAAAUACCAAGCAAUGGAGAGAGCAGCUACAUUUGAACAUGACAGAGACAAAGUUAAGAGGCAAUUUAAGAUUUUUAGGGAGACCAAGGAAAAUGAAAUUCAGGAUUUAUUGAGGGCCAAGCGAGAGUUGGAGAGCAAACUUCAGAGGCUGCAGGCUCAGGGGAUCCAUGUAUUUGAUCCUGGAGAAUCUGAUUCAGAUGACAACUGUACAGAUGUUACUGAUGAAAUCUGCUUUACAGCUGCUGGAACCCAGUGCGAAUAUUGGACUGGUGGAGCCUUGGGAAGUGAGCCUUCCAUAGGGAGUAUGAUCCAGCUUCAGCAAUCCUUCCGGGGCCCUGAGUUUGCCCACAGUUCUAUAGACGUGGAAGGACCAUUUGCUAAUGUCAACAGAGAUGACUGGGAUAUUGCUGUGGCUAGUUUAUUACAAGUUACCCCCUUGUUUUCACAUUCUCUAUGGAGUAACACUGUCAGAUGUUACCUCAUUCAUACCGAUGAAACCCAGCCUGAAAUGGAUCUUUUCCUUAAGGAUUACUCACCUAAACUUAAGAGAAUGUGUGAGACAAUGGGAUACUUUUUCCAUGCUGUGUAUUUUCCAAUAGAUAUUGAAAAUCAAUACCUCGCUGUAAGAAAAUGGGAAAUUGAGAAAAGUUCAUUAGUUAUCUUAUUCAUUCAUUUAACCUUACCAAGCCUUUUAUUGGAAGACUGUGAAGAAGCUUUUCUGAAAAACCCCGAAGGCAAACCACGAUUAAUUUAUCAUCGUUUGGAGGAUGGGAAAGUCAGUUCUAACUCUGUCCAGCAACUGAUUGAUCAAGUUUCUAACCUGAACAAGACCAGCAAAGCCAAGAUCAUUGAUCACUUGGGAGAUCCUGCAGAAGGAGUCUAUAAAACCUAUAUUUAUGUAGAAAAGAUUAUUAAACAGGACAUCCUGGGCUUUGAAAACACAGACCUGGACACCAAGGAUUUGGGCAGUGAAGAUUCUAUUCCAGAAGAUGAUGAUUUCGGUGAUGUUCUGUGGGACAUACAUGAUGAGCAAGAGCAAAUGGAAGCUUUUCAGCAAGCUUCAAAUUCAGCCCAUGAGUUGGGAUUCGAGAAAUACUACCAGCGCCUUAAUGAUCUUGUGGCAGCACCAGCACCAAUUCCACCCCUUCUUGUAUCUGGAGGACCAGGCUCUGGAAAGUCCCUUCUCUUAUCAAAGUGGAUCCAAUUACAACAGAAGAAUUCCCCUAACACACUAAUUCUUUCUCAUUUUGUGGGGAGGCCCAUGUCAACCAGCUCAGAGGCUUCCUUGAUUAUUAAACGACUGACUCUAAAGUUGAUGCAGCAUUCUUGGUCAGUAUCUGCUCUGACAUUGGAUCCUGCUAAGCUUUUGGAAGAAUUUCCACGUUGGCUGGAAAAACUCUCUGCCCGUCAUCAAGGCAGCAUCAUCAUCAUUAUUGAUUCUAUAGAUCAAAUUCAGCAAGUUGAAAAACACAUGAAAUGGCUGAUAGAUCCACUGCCUGUGAAUGUAAGAGUAAUUGUUUCUGUGAAUGUAGAAACGUGCCCUCCAGCAUGGAGGCUGUGGCCUACACUUCAUCUUGACCCUUUAAAUCCAAAAGAUGCAAAAUCUAUUAUAAUUGCAGAAUGCCACUCUGUAGACAUUAAAUUGAGUAAAGAGCAGGAGAAGAAGCUAGAACGACACUGUCGUUCUGCUACAACGUGCAAUGCUCUUUACGUCACUCUUUUCGGCAAAAUGAUUGCACGUGCUGGGAGAGCAGGCAAUUUAGAUAAAAUCCUUCUUCAGUGUUUCCAGUGUCAAGACACUGUUUCAUUAUACAGACUUGUUCUGCGAUCUAUCCAGGAGUCCAUGGCAAACGAUACAGAUAAAGAACUAAUGAAACAGAUUCUCUGCCUUGUAAAUAUUAGUCACAAUGGUGUGAAUGAGUCAGAAUUGAUGGAACUCUAUCCUGAGAUGUCCUGGACUGUCUUGACCUCUCUUAUUCACAGUUUACACAAAAUGUGUUUGUUGACUUAUGGUUGCGGUUUGCUUAAGUUUCAACAUCUACAGGCUUGGGAAACAGUGAGACUAGAAUACAUGGAAGGCCCCACCAUUAUUGCUUCAUAUAGACAAAAGCUAACCAACUAUUUUACCAUGCAGCUAAGUCAGGACCGAGUGACUUGGAGGAGUGCAGAUGAACUACCUUGGCUUUUCCAGCAGCAGGGAAGUAAACAGAAGCUGCAUGACUGUCUCCUUAACCUCUUUGUGUCUCAAAACCUCUAUAAAAGAGGACAUUUUGCUGAGUUGCUGAGUUAUUGGCAGUUUGUUGGCAAAGACAAAAUCGCAAUGGCAGCAGAAUACUUUGAUUCACUGAAGCAGUAUGAGAAAAACUGUGAAGGCGAAGAGAGCAUGGUUUGCUUAGCUGACCUUUAUGAAACCCUGGGGCGAUUUCUCAAGGAUCUAGGCCUUCUCAGUCAGGCUGUUGUGCCUUUGCAGAGGUCUCUGGAAAUUCGAGAAACAGCUUUAGAUCCAGAUCACCCACAAGUAGCUCAGUCUCUCCACCAACUCGCAAGUGUGUAUGUACAGUGGAAGAAGUUUGGCAAUGCAGAACAACUGUAUAAACAGGCAUUGGAAAUCUCAGAAAAUGCCUAUGGUUCAGAUCAUCCACAUAUUGCUCGUGAACUUGAGGCACUCGCAACUUUGUACCAGAAACAAGAUAAAUAUGAACAAGCUGAACAUUUUAGGAAAAAAUCGUUUAAAAUUCGUCAGAAAGCUGCAAGGAGAAAAGGCAACUUGUAUGGAUUUUCCCUUUUACGUAGACGGGCCCUACAAUUAGAAGAGCUCACAUUAGGUAAGGAUACACCUGACAAUGCUCGGACCCUCAAUGAACUGGGUGUGCUCUACUAUCUUCAGAACAACCUAGAAACAGCUGACCAGUUUCUGAAGCGUUCCUUGGAGAUGAGGGAGAGAGUUCUAGGACCAGAUCACCCUGACUGUGCCCAGUCUUUGAAUAAUCUGGCGGCUCUGUGCAAUGAAAAGAAACAGUAUGACAAAGCAGAAGAACUUUAUGAAAGAGCCUUAGACAUUCGGAGACGAGCAUUAGCUCCUGACCACCCUUCUUUGGCUUAUACGGUAAAGCAUCUUGCGAUCUUAUACAAGAAAAUGGGGAAGCUUGACAAAGCUGUACCUUUGUAUGAGCUGGCUGUUGAAAUCCGGCAAAAGUCCUUUGGCCCGAAGCACCCAAGUGUAGCUACUGCCUUGGUGAAUUUAGCUGUUCUUUAUAGCCAAAUGAAAAAACACACUGAGGCCUUGCCGUUAUAUGAACAAGCAUUAAAGAUUUACGAGGACAGCUUGGGUCGGAUGCAUCCUCGAGUUGGAGAAACACUAAAAAAUUUAGCUGUGCUUAGCUAUGAAGAAGGGGAUUUUGAAAAAGCUGCUGAACUAUACAAAAGGGCAAUGGAAAUAAAAGAAGCAGAAACGUCACUUUUGGGUGGAAAAGCUCCUUCCCAACACUCAUCAAGUGGAGAUACAUUUAGCUUAAAAACAACCCAUUCUCCUAAUCUUUUCCUUCAUCAAGGACAAAGGUGACAGCAGCAACU